CGACGACAACCUUGAAAGGUUGACGGACACGACAGCUUGUCAUCGUUCGUUGACAAGAGAGUUACUCAGAUGUUGACGCGAGCGUAUUAUCAGACAGUUGAUGGACUGACAUUCGUUUACCGAUACUACAUGUCCCUACAAGAUCCCUCGAUUAUUGCCAGGCAAAGCCCUGUUGUUCGAAGUCACAUACCUAUGCUGGUGGUGUGCCACCAAGAUUGUUCUCCCUAGCAAGACCGAUGCUAUUUCAUGUGUGGGCGAUCCCUAAGAUCUCCGUUGAUUUAGGCGCCGGUAUCGUCCUUCACUCAGCGCAACAGCCUCGAGUGGGCAAUCAGUAUAUCCGCCCGCAUAAUGACUCCCUCCAAUUCGUCAGAGCUCUCCGGUGAUAGCCAUAUCACGAGUCUCGAGGGCAAGAUAAAUGGGCAACUAACGACUCCAGCUCUAUCGCCCAUCGAUGAGAAUGCACAUGAUUCACUAUCUAGCAGAGCAGACCUCGCCGGACAUGCGCAACGACCGGCUCAACAGACGAGUGAUCGUCGUGCCAGCAGUGAAGCGCGGACGUGGAAGUUGUCCCCCAAACAAAUACAAGACUUGACAAUAUCUCCCGAAUCACUGCCGGUACGCACUCUAAACGACGAGUUGCCGGUGUCAAGCGACGAUGAAAUGGUCAGCGAUACAGUGUUCAUCCUUCCUAAACCAUCACUCAGCGAACGAAUUCAACCCAGUCAUAGCCCUGCCGAACAGCAGGCCGAGCAUGAUGCAUCCUUCCAAGAUCCCGUACUGGAUGCGAUGACUGCUGGUGAGACGCGGCCGAUGUUCUCGCCGCGAUCCGCCUCAACCCCCUUCUUUCAGCGGAAGCAAUCAUCCUCCAAGGGCUCAAAGACGAGACCGCAGCUCUCACCACUUAAGACAGAAGAAUUUUCGGGCAUGCGGCGUGGAAGCUCGAGCAAAGUCUCACCGAGACGUGACAGAUCGGCAUCUCCAAUGCCCAGCGGCAUGCCCUUGCCUCCCCUCUCACUUCCCACAUAUCUGCAUCUAGAAUUGUCUUCUGCACGACCCUCGGCUCUAUACAUACAUCGUUCGGCAGCGAGCGACUUCCCAUAUGAGUCUUCGAGCGUAAAGUUCGAACGUUUGAUGAACUUCUUGCUCCUGCCACCUCACCUUGAGCAGGUGCUUUGGUUUGGCGCCGUGGCUUGUCUUGACGCUUGGCUGUAUAACUUCACGAUAUUACCUCUACGCUUCUUCAAAGCUUCCGGAAUUCUGCUGUCGUGGCUGUGUCGCAACGCACUACAGGAAAUGCUUGACCUAGGGAGCUACGUCUACGGAGGCUUGGGUCGAAUCUGGCAGCGCAGCCGACAUAACGCCCAGAGCGACAUUCGACGCGGCGCUGCAGCACUGCAGGUCAAAAAACAUGCAGAAGAAGUCACUCAUGAGAGCAAGGGAUACGGCAACAUUCGUCUCGUCUCGCCCUCACCAGCCAGGCCACCAAGGAGACGAUCGGGCUUUCGACAUCGCCGUACGAGAUCUACACCUUCAGCCUUGCUGCCCAAUCACAAAGCGGACAUCCUGCAGGGCCUUCUUAUAGCAUUGAGUUGCGCCGUACUCCUGUGUUUUGAUGCAAGCCGAAUGUAUCAUUCGAUUCGUGGCCAAGCUGCUAUCAAACUCUACGUCAUAUACAAUGUCCUCGAGGUAUUCGAUCGUCUCUUAUCUGCACUGGGGCAAGAUGUUCUGGAGUGUUUGUUCUCCAAGGAGACGCUGGAAAGAGACUCGGAAGGUCGGAGUAAGGUGUUCCGUCCGCUCUGGAUGUUCUUUUUGGCACUGACGUACAACGUCAUCCACUCCACAGCAUUAUUCUACCAAGUAGUCACGCUCAAUGUGGCAGUAAACUCCUAUUCGAACGCACUACUCACACUCUUGAUGAGCAAUCAGUUUGUCGAAAUCAAGGGAACUGUAUUCAAGAAGAUCGAGAAAGAAAACUUGUUCCAGUUGACAUGCGCCGACAUCGUUGAGCGCUUCCAGCUCUGGCUGAUGCUGCUCAUCAUCGCUCUUCGCAACAUUGUCGAGGUUGGCGGCCUCAACAUCAGUCUGAGCAGUGCAUUUGGUGGUGGAUCUGCAACUGCCACCAGCAGCAGCGCCACAGUCAACGCUACGGGCAUGCCGCUGCUCUCGGGCUUCGUGAUUCCCAAAGCCUUUACGCUUCUGCCAACCUGGUCAGGAGAAGUGCUGGGCCCUUUCCUUAUAGUGCUCGGAAGCGAGGCGCUGGUCGACUGGAUCAAGCAUGCUUACAUCACCAAGUUCAACAACGUCAAACCGAAUAUCUAUGGCCGCUUCCUCGACAUGCUGGCAAAAGACUACUACACACACGCCUUCGCCGAUCAGAACCUUACGAAACGCUUAGGUUUACCGGUGAUCCCUUUGAGUUGCCUCUUCAUCCGCGCGUGUAUGCAGACCUAUCACAUGUUCCUUGCAACGCACAUGCCUAUGCCGAUUCCCUCCAUGGGAACCUCCUUAAGUUUGGAGCAGGAGACAUUGGGUGGAAGUUCGCCGGCGACAACGGCAGCCUUGCAACACAUUGACCAAGUAUUCCGGAGGGCGCUCGGAAGGUCCACAUUCGGAGGCGGAGCACAAUCAGGGCCUGGUGGAUUCUCAUGGAGCCUUGAUGAUGCCAUUGCACUUGCUACAAUGGUGAUUUUCUUCUUAGUCAUCUACCUCUUGUUGUUGGCGUUCAAACUUCUGCUCGGAAUGGUCCUGCUGUCAUUUGCGAGGAGUCGUUACGAAGGUAUGAAAGAACGCGAGAGACGCAGUGCAGAUGCCCACGGCCGCCGCGUCGGAGGUCUCGGGGCUGUCGAGGUCGACGACGAUAAGCGAAGAUGGAUAUAUGAAGACGAUCACGAAGGACUGAAGGAUCUACGCGAGAAAGAAAACGCACGCAAGGCGAAGUCUGAGAAGGGAGAGCUCAAGUUGGAUCAUAUCGAUCGCUAUGCUAUGGCUGCGAAAAGAAUUUGGUGAUGUGCCGUAUAUCUUGGGGGUGUAUGUUCUGUAGACACGGUUCAAUCAUCGAUUUUGCGAUCCAAACUUCGCUGGGUAUUCAUUUGUGGGCUUUGUGAAGUUAGCAAAAAUGGUUUCAGUCAAGUUGGGCAAAUUGUUGGGUUUCACUUACGGAUUCCCUCUGCUUGAAGCGGCUCCACACCAGUGACUUCUGCAGCUUUGGGAUGCUCCGCCGCAUUGGCAUCAGGCUUCAUCAUUGGGAAAGUCAAAACUUCCUUGAUGCUGUAGUGGUUGGCAAGGAACAUGACCAUCCGAUCGAUACCCAUACCCCAUCCACCAGUGGGUGGGAGACCAUACUCGAUGGCAGUCAAGAAU